AGGAGGAACAGGUCUGUGCCUCAGUGUGUUUAGGUAUCAGAAUGAAGACGCUGCACAUUUUGCUGCUUAGUGCAGCUUCCUGCAUCAUUGCUUUUACUGCCGCACACGGAGAGGAAAUCAUCAACGGCCAGAAAGCCGAGAAGAACUCACUGCAGUUCAUGGGGUCUGUGCAGAAGAACAAGAAGCACCAAUGUGGAGGAUUCCUCAUACACCAAAGCUUCGUGCUCACUGCUGCACACUGUAAAAUCAGUCUCAGUGAGCUUAGUGUGGUCUUGGGGACUCACAACAUCAAUCCGCAAAACAAAAAGCUGAGAAGAUACGCGGUGAAAAGCAUGCACAUGCACGAAUCAUACGUGAAAAGUCCCGGGAACGGGUAUGACAUCAUGCUACUGAAGCUUGCAGAGAAAGUCAAGGUGAAUAAUGAGGUGAAAAUCUCCAAAAUCCCAAAAAAACGCCGAAAGAUCAAACCCAACACCAAGUGCCAGGUCGCAGGAUGGGGAAAAACCAAAAAAAAUGAAAAAUCAGUGAACAAACUCCUGGUGACCAACGUGUCAACUAUAGAUAUUGAAAUCUGUAAGAAGAAGUGGAAUAAAGUGUUAAAACUUCCACCUAACGUUCUGUGUGCAGGAGGCUACAAGACCGAUAAAGGGGCGUGUCAGGGGGAUUCUGGUGGGCCUCUGGUGUGCAGUGGUGAGGCAGUGGGCAUCGUGUCCUUCAAUAAAAAUAAUAAUUGCACCUAUCCAGACGUCCCUAAUGUCUACACCGAUAUCGCAUCAUACGCAACCUGGAUUAAGGAUGUGAUCAACAAAUACGCUUAAAGAUUUUUCAAGAUGUUUUGAUGUAAUUGUGGAGAAAAAUCUGAUCCUAAAUAAAGAUACAGAUGCAGAAAAA